AUGCUUGACACUGCCGCACUCAAGACCGUCCCAAGAAGGGUCUUCAAGAAAUGGACCACCAAAGAAGGUGUUCUUGGCGACUAUGACUAUGCCUAUCUGUUCACACCCAGUAUCCCUUUUUUUACCAAAAAAGAGAAAGUUCAGCCAUUUUUUGGUUUGAAUGACGAAAUGCCAUUGGCCCUGGGCUUCCUGCUGGGUCUGCAGCAUGCCCUCUCCAUGUUGGCCGGUGUGGUUUCUCCCCCCAUUAUCAUUGCAUCCACCGCUAAUUUCUCCACAGAACUCGAGGAAUACCUUGUGAGUGUUGCUUUGAUUACAUGUGGUUUGCUCUCUCUGAUACAAAUCACCAGGUUCCACAUCUACAAGACGCCAUACUACAUAGGUACCGGACUGGUGUCCGUGGUUGGUACCUCAUUUUCCACCAUUACCAUUGUCUCCAAGGCUAUUCCACAAAUGUACACCCAGGGUAAAUGUCCGGUUGCCGCUGACGGAACUAAGUUGCCAUGCCCAGACGGAUACGGUGCUAUUCUGGGAACUGCUGCGGUGUGUGGUCUCCUGGAAAUUGCGCUUUCAUUCAUGCCUCCUGCCAUCUUGCAAAGAGUGUUCCCUCCUCUAGUAACUGGUCCAGUGGUCUUGCUCAUUGGUGUUUCUUUGAUUCAGUCUGGUUUCGAGGACUGGGCUGGUGGUUCUGGCUGUAUGACUUCAGGCUCAUGCAGUACUGCAGGGCACCCCAAGGAGCUCGUGUGGGGUUCUGCACAAUUCAUUGGUCUUGGAUUUCUGGUUUACUUCACCAUUAUCCUUUGUGAGAAAUGGGGUUCUCCUAUCAUGAAAUCAUGUGCCGUUAUUGUUGGUUUGCUCGUUGGCUGUAUUGUGGCCGCUGCAUGUGGAUAUUUCGACCACUCUUCCAUCGACAUUGCUCCUGCAGUCAACUUCAUGUGGGUGCAUACGUUUAAACUCACAAUAUAUGCACCGGCGGUGCUACCCAUGCUUGCAGUCUACAUUGUUUUGAUGAUGGAGGCUAUUGGUGAUAUCACCGCCACCUCUGAGGUCUCUAGAGUCGAGGUGGAAGGACCUAUCUACGAAUCCAGAAUCCAAGGUGGUGUUUUGGCCGAUGGUAUUAACGGUAUCCUUUCUGCACUCUGCACACUCACUCCAAUGUCGACUUUUGCGCAGAACAACGGUGUUAUUUCUAUCACCAAGUGUGCUUCUAGAACUGUCGGUUACUGGUGUUGUUUCUUCCUCAUUGUGAUGGGUAUUUUCUCCAAGUUUGCUGCUGCUCUGGUAGCCAUUCCUGACGCCGUCUUGGGUGGUAUGACCACUUUCCUGUUCACUUCCGUGGCAGUUUCGGGUCUUAAGAUUAUCUCCACGACUCCAUUUACCAGACGUGACAGAUUUGUGCUUACCUGCUCGUUGUUGCCAGGUUUCGGUGCCACGUUGGUGCCCACCUGGUUCGACUACGUCUUUGGCUACUCUGGUGGAAACAAGUCUCUGCAGGGUUUCCUUGAUGCCAUUGUGCUGGUCAUGGAAACCGGAUUUGCCGUUACUGGUUUCAUCGGAGUGAUCUUGAAUUUGUUCAUUGCGGAGGAAAGUGACGAGGAUGAUAAUGCUGACCACUUCUUGGAAGAGCACGUUGUUCACGAGGAUACCGAGGUCGGUAACUCCAUUGAAAGUGAAGAAAAGGAUAUCAAGAACACCGUUUAG